CAAUCUCAUUGAAGUAAGCUUUGGACAAGAACUAUAUAUGCACCGUGCAUUCGUUUGUAUGGAAAGGUGCUUACUACUCAGUGUAUAGAUUGGUGCUGCUGAAUUCGAUUACUGUUUUCCCUCUGAUACAAUACACAAUGAUAUGUCUAGACUCUAUCAAAUAUUCUUUCUUUUACACACCGAGGGCGUGCAUUGGAUCAUAUAAAUCGACAAAGAGGCAUUUGUUAACAUCGUCAAGAAUCCGCAAAAUUUACACGAGAAGCUGCACUAUGCAACAACAUCACGAGAGCAAGGAGCACACUAAAUUUUACAAGUUCCUGAAGGAUGUCCUCCGGAACAUCCCAAACAACUACCCGAGAUCCUAUCAUUUAAAGGAGUUCGGUUGGAAUGAUUUUAACAAAAUUGGAAGCAUUCAUCCUCACUGCCACGUUGGCAACAUUCAACUUGCCACUUAUCAGCACUCGCCAUCGCUUGGUGAGAGCAACGACUUUUCUUUCUUUGGUCGCAGUCUCACUUUAAACUUCCUUCCUGCAUACCAUGACACGAACUUCGUUUCACGUCCAGUCAGGUACGAUUCGUAUAUAGCCUUUCUGGGAAGAACAUCUAUGUACGUCGGCAUUGAUCUCCGAGACGCAACGUCAGAGGCUCUCUAUCUGUCCAGCAUCAUGCAGUGCAUUGCGAUGGAUGUGAACAAAGGAACGCCCGUCCGCAUCGGCUCCGAGAUCAUCAAGAAGUAUGUCGACAAGACGACCCUGAAUACACCACCGCAGAGACAUCAGUUCUUACCCUUGCAGCCUGACAAUGGUGAUGUCUUCAGGUGGAAGACUACAGUGCAGUGUAGUGAUGUUGAUUACAAUAGACACGUUAACCAAACACCGUAUCUGCGAUUCAUGUAUGAUGCAGGAAGCUCUGCAGCUGUGGCCGGGUCCCUCAGGUCGUUUCAUCAUGAGCUAAUCCACUACAAACUGAAAACAUACACUGUGGAAUAUAUGCAGGAGAUACGUCAGGGAAAAGAACUUGUAGUUGUGUGCUGGGAGAUGGAUGAUAACCCAGGUACAAUUAAUUUCGAACUUCAGGUUGGAGACCGCACUGUCACUAGAAGUCAUCUGAUUUUCGAUGUACAGCCACCUGCUAAACUUUAGGACCACCCAUAAAAAUGGCUUAUAAGAAAGACAAUAAUUGUAACGAUAGUGAUCAUAGGAACUCUAGUAAUCAUAGGAACUCAUUCCUCGCUCACGUUAACAUGGCCACGGGGUUGUCCAUUUGUGUUUGAUCGAUUCAAACAAAAGAAAAUAACACGAUCAUAUCUGUUUUAAUACGAAAAGUCAACUCAGGGCAUUUUCAAUACCCCAUUGUUUGUCCCAUAGAAAUUAUGUUCAGAUGAAGUCAUUAAUAUUAUCACAUUAAAAAAGUGACGCACAAUUAAUGCUAUUGAAAUUGCCUUAGGUUGCUUUUUCAUGAAUUCAAAACAAUCUUAUUUUUAUCGGCUUUAGCUCAAAUUUUCACUGGACUAGUCAACAUUAUAGUAAGAAGUUUGAAUUUGUUAUUAUUUGAAUCAAUAAUCAAAACUUCAUUUUGAUCUGUUCAUAAAGGAUUUCUUACAAUGUGCCUAUUUAGAUACAUGUAUUCCGUUAUUAUCUCUCAACCUUCAAUGAGGGGUAACUUGCAUUGCUUUAUCCAAUUGUAGUUGGUUUUUACGCUGUCUUUGUAAGCGUAUGUGUGUGGGUGUGGGUGUGUAUAAGUAUAAAUAUGGUGCUUGUAAGUCAAAAUUACACUGAAAUGAGGUGACAGGGAUCAAGUUGUUUCUUGCGUUUGAAUGAAUGAAUUAAAGAAAAGGUUUGUUGCUAUUGAUUUUUUAUU